UUCCAUCUCCCCCCAAGGCCGUCUCGAAAUCCCCCCCUUUCAGGAGAAAGCUGCCGGUUCCAUCUACCUCACAACCCCUUUUACCUGCCACAUUAACCUCCUGCCUCGCAAACUUUAAUCCAAAAGGACACAAUGGCUACUCGCAAACGGACCCGCGGAGAGGAUAGCGAGGAACUCGUAGCUCUACCCAGCGAUGAAAGCGAAGAGGAAGAGGAAUAUGAAGAAUCCGAUUUCGAAGAAGAGGAUGCGGAAGGAGAAUCAGGCUCUGAGGAAGAAUCCGAAGCUUCUGAGAACGAGGCUGAAGGAGAAGAACCCGCACAUAAGAAACGCAGGGUAGCGCCAGAACCCGACGCUGAGCACGCAGACGCAAAAACGGCAGAAGUCAAGAACGGUCUGGGGGCUGAAGGCGAAGCUGAUGGCGCAGACGAGGAAGAUGAUGAAGAGGAAGAGGCGGAAGAGGAAGCGGAACAGAAGGAGAACGGCGGACCAGCGCUUGUUACGAAGUCUGCACCGGCGGCAUCCGAGGACCACGCGCCAGCUGAGAAGACUGCUGCUACCAAUGGCGCACCUCCUUCUGCUGUGGAGGCAGGAGGUGACUAGUGGCGGUAAUGGUGAAUAAAGAUAUGGUAGCUGUGGGGUUGCAAUAGAUAAGAGGUUCGUGGAUGUAAAAAAAAAAAAAAAAAAAAAAAAAAAAAAUCUCGGAAAUAUUUGUGGUUUGGUUUUCAGUUUGUCUUUUUGUCUUUGUCCUUGUACUUCUUUUCUGUUGCGACAGGGGGAGGUUAUGGGGAAGGGGUUUCGCGCGCGGGGAACUUUUUCUACCGGGGGGCCAGGAAGGGAAAUGUUUUUUGUUAAUGAUAACGAAGUAAUUAAUAGUGGGGUUUUCAGUGUUUUAUUAUCUUUUUUUUUUUUUUUUUUU